UUACUGAGAAAAAUGGUGGCGUGUUCAAUACUUAUUUUGCCCGCUGUAUUCAGCUGUACUGCUCUUCCCAGAAAUGAUGUUCCUUACAAAUGUGGCACCAUUUAAAAGGGACAUUACCAGACUCUCCGACAGUAUUAUUGUCAAGAAGCAUUACAACGAUGAAAUAAUCUAUCAAACACAUUUCCCUACCUUUUGAGCAGAGCUUAUUUUUAAAGUGAUCUUGAUUAACAGUUUUUCAGGCUUUAUGAAGGUCCAGUCUUUGUACCURAUUAAUACAAACACAAUAUACAGAUUGUUGGAUUUGUUUAGCCAAAAUGAUGUCAACUUCCACUUAACUGAGUUGGGUAAAUGCAAAACACUUUCAGGUUCAUUUUUACAGAAAAUGUGAAAGUUGCUUUACGUUUACCCAGCUCAGUUCAGUUAAUGCUGACAGCUUGAUAAGUAAAUCURACAAUCUGUUUUUUGAGUGCAGCCUGUAUGCUUYAAGUAUUUUAAAACAGGGAAAAAUUUAAAAUGUGUGCACAUCUAAUAAACAGCAUCUGAAAGUCACUUAUUUAGGAAAUGGGAACAGGAACUCAGAGGUAUUUUCACAUGGUGGAUUGUCGUCCAACUGGUUUGAUUUCCAGCUCCUGCAGCGUGCAGAAGUGCCAUUGGGCAAGACACUGUUCCCAACACUUUGACGUGCUCGUGACUGUGAGAACUGAAAAAAAUGCAAUUUAUAGUUUGUAAAAAUAUGUCAAAACAUUAGAAAUGAAUGAUUGUUUAGCAGAAGGGUAAGGUUUUCAAAAUAAAGCUGUGGAGUAGAUCAUUUAUUAACCCACUCCCCUAUUUUUUCACCUUUAGUGAGUACAUUUGAAAAAUAAAUAYCACGAGGCUGAGUUUGUGUUUUGAAGAUUAAGUAUAAACUUCAGCACAUUUAGUAGCAGCGUCAUCUUUGGUUUAGACUUGCUAAACUUUUCUCCUGACAAAUCAAAGGUCAGUCAUAAAAUCUGCCAUGUUUAAGUUGAGCAAUAAUGAGGCUGUUUUGGUUUGCUGCCUGCGAYGGUUACCAAACCUUUUAUAAUGAAACUAAACAAAUAAAAAAAGGGUGUGUGUUUUACCAUUUGCUUUUGGAGAGUGGGAGUGUCUAAUCUCUCCUAUGAAGAGCAGUGUGUGUGUGCAGUUUAAGGAAGUGUGAGCGUGUGACAGGAAGACAGAAUCACUUCACAGAUCCAAGAUGUUGAAGGUGUCUCUGUGGUUGCACGCGAGCGCGUGCCUGUUGGGUUUUGCAUUCGGCUCCAUCGACUGCCCCGAUGGUUCUGUCUGCUCCGACUUCGCCACUUGCUGCCGGACUGAAAAAGGAUACGAAUGCUGUCCGUACCCAAACGCCGUGUGUUGUGCCGACCUGGAGAACUGCUGCCCUCCAGGAUACACCUGUGACCAGGUGAAACGGCUGUGCAGGAAACAAAACCAGCCAUGGGUAAAGGUGCCUAUGGUGAAGAAAGAAGCUCCACACACCCCGGAUCUGUUUGUUUCCCCCGUUCAGGAGCUCAAAAGUGACGAUCUGAUUGCCCCCAAAACAACCAUCGUCCACUGUGACUAUUAUUACGCCUGUCCUGAUGGGACCACCUGCUGCCGUCACCCAAAAGGUGGCUGGUUCUGUUGCCCCUACUCUCCCGGGAGGUGUUGUCUGGAUGGCUACCACUGCUGUCCGUAUGGUUAUGACUGCGACCACACUUACACUUACUGUGUCAGGGAAGGCCUGACGUAUCCCUUCAGUCCCAGACAAUCCCUGACUUCAGUCCCCGCUGCUCUCAUUCCACCGUCUGAAGAUAAAAGCAGCGAGCAGGAGACACAAAUGACGGCACUAACAGAAGCCAGCAGCAGCUCCUUUGAGUAUGGGGUCAUUCGCUGCGAUAACAAAUUUUUCUGUCCCACUGGGUCSAGUUGUUGCAAAGGACUGACGGGCCAGUGGAACUGCUGUCCUCACCAACUGGGGGUGUGCUGCGCUGAUGGUCAGCACUGCUGUUCGUACGGGUACAAGUGUGAUUCAUCAUCUACCAAAUGCACAAAAUAGAAGACCCCCUAGAGGACCACCGGAACAAAAACACCAAGGACACAUCAUUCAAGAGGACCAUAACUUUUUUUGGUCUGGUCAAAAUCAACCCUACAAUGUUUUAUUGUCAUUUAUUUUGCUUCAUCUAGGUUUAAAUCACAUCUGUUUUUUUUCAGAAAAUGGUAGAUUAUUUGUUCACGACCUCAUAUCCAUCCUGCUGAAUGUCACAAGAGACAAUCAACUAACGCUUUAUCUACAGACUGAAUUUACUACAAGCAUUAUGUUGUCUUUUUUAAUCAAGCCUGUUCUGAUUUUUUUUCUUUACAAUAAAGAAAAUAUUGAUAAUUUGA